ACCGUUAAUCAUUUUCUUUCCCCUCAGGGAGCACGCAGCGUGGCGAUCGCCGGUGCACUGUGUCCCUCGGACACAGCAGAUCACGGAAAGAGCCGAAGAUGUCGGCUCGGUCAUGUGAUCAGCUGUGUCCAAUCACAGCUGAUCACAUGGCACUGAUGAUCAGUGUGCCCUGAUGAUCAGUGUUGCCCCAGAAGUGCCACCUGUCAGUGUCCAUCAGUGCCAGCAGUCAGUGCCCAUCAGUGCCACGUGCCAGUGCCCAUCAGUGCCACAUCAAUGCCACAUAUCAGUGCACAUCAAUGCCACAUAUCAGUGCCCAUCUGAGCUGCCUUUCAAUGUCACUCAUCAGUGCCAGUCAGUGCCACCUAUCAAUGCCAAUCAGUGCCACCUAUCAGUGCUGCCUAUCAGUGCACAUCAGUGCCGCCUAUCAGUGCCAGUCAGUGCCGCCUAUCAG